AUGGCUGCAUCAUACAGUAUCAUCCUGCAGAUUCCAAAGGAAAGGCUAUUUACUCGGUCGACUGAUAAGGCUCCCAAGAAAACACUCACAACAGAUGCCAAUAGUCUUCCAAACACAACUCGAUCUCCCAUCAGACAAGUCUCUGAAGCACCAGUCAAACUCACCACGGAAGAAGAUGUCUCUCAAAGCCCUGAUACCACAACCAAAAAGCUCCAAAAAUCAACUCUCCCUGCAAAAGUUAAAGCAACAACAUUGGCUGUGAGGCAAACAGGUCCUACAAUUGGAACAACAACCAAAUCACCAGCACCAAGAUGUUUCGAUCAGUACAUCAACUGUGCUGGAGUCAAAAAUCUUUGUAAAGAGUCAGCCUACGCUAAGAUCAUGCGGCAAUCAUGUGCCAAGACAUGCAAUAUGUGCAAAGAAUUCGUAAGACUUCCCAUAGAAGAGAGAUGUGUCGACAAGUAUCCAGACGAAUGUCCCACAUGGGCUGAGAACAGCUUCUGUCGAUCUACAUUCUAUACAUUUGAGGAGAAGAUGGAAAGAUGUAUCAAAACGUGCAAAUUGUGCUGA